CAUAAAAUACUGAUAGGUCUUUUGGAAUGUUUUCGUUUACUUCAAAUGAAGAUGACCUAAAAUAGGAAAUAAUUGGCUACCAAUAGAUUCACGUGAAAGUCAUUACACACCCUCAAAUCAAUGUAGACUGGACCUAGGAUGACCCAAAGACAGGACGUGCUGCAGAAACAACGCCCAUUAUACACCAUAACGAAAGAAAAAUGUCAGGGAUUCGCUUAGCCUUUCUUAUUGUUCUUUGUUUAUCGUCAUUAUCCAUAAUUGCGAUUGGUUUAAACUUGCUGCUACAUGUACCAAGGCCUGUCAUAAAAGCAUCCAAUAGACGAACGUUCGAAUUCGAAAGCAUCACUGAUGAAGCAAACAACAUAUCGACACUUAUUGAUUUAUUGAGAAAUACUCUGGUUAAUUCAAAUGAGUCGGUGACCACAAAAGCUGUUCAUGCCAAAAAAGCGCUUAAACCAACAGCAAGACCAGACCAAUGUGUAUCGUGUUUCCCCCAAUCUUCUUACAUUUUUCCCAACUAUAACGUCUGCUCAACGGAGCAUCCAAGGUCACAAGACGUGAAACUACUAUUGCUCAUUUUUACAACUUAUGAAAAAACAAGGAAUCGGGAGGCACUGCGUAAGACAUGGACUAGUAUUGCAGAAAAUAACACAGCGAGGGUCAGAUACGUCUUUCUUUUGGGGAAACAUGACGACCACAACUGGAAUAAAAAAGCCUUGGCUGAAGCAAAGCACUAUGGAGAUAUCGUCAUCAGCGAUUUUAGAGAAGUUUACAAAAACCUCACUUUAAAGACAAUAUCUGGUUUUCAAUGGGCCGCUGGAUUUUGCCCGAACGCCAAAUAUAUUAUGAAAACAGAUGACGACAUGUGGGUGAACACUCCAAAACUGUUAAAGAAUUUAGACAGGUGGCAUAUUUCGAAAGAAGUUGUAGGAUUCUGUCUUCCAGUUGAUGAUGUCCAUCGAGAAAAGGAUUCCAGGUGGUACGUUAGUCCACUCGAAUAUCCCCAUUCCAAAUACCCGGGUUUCUGUUCGGGAACUGGAUACGUCACCACCAUGAGCGUCAUGCAGGCCAUUGUCGGCGUCUCUCCACAUAUACCGUAUUUCUUCCUAGAAGACAUUUAUGUAGCCAUUUGCAUUAAGAAAUUGGGAUAUAAACUGCGUAGAUUGAGGGGCUUUUACAAUGACAAGGUGCCUUUUGACCCAUGCAUGUAUCAACAAAUGAUAACAAGUCACAACGUCACAAUGUGGGAAUUAGAAGAGGCAUGGAGUCCAAAAUGUUCCGGUACAGAUAUUGCCAAAGAAACUUACCACUUAAAACAUGCAAUUUCUCACAAGAAGAUGAACAUUAAAUUUCCUCUAUUUAAGAUAACAAGUCGAACAUCGAAUUUAUCCCCUUAAACUUAAAGAGAUUCUCGGGUAUAUUUUUGUAGUAUUUUUAUUGUAUUACCAGGUUUACUAAAGGAAGACAUUGCAAGGAUACCUUCCUGAUAAAAGCAAGGAAAUACACACAUGCCUUCAUACUUUAUUUCGUACCAGAAAAUAACAUGGGCAGGUAUAGCAUUUUUUCAAAAAUGUUGUUUGGAAAGAAUAACCUUAACGAAGCGUAUAGCCUUUUUAUUUUUUCGUGAAGCUACUCGGUAAAAUUACGAUUUAUCUGCACCCUGAUAUCGUAUCAACAUCAUUCGAGUAUCUAUGUGUUCCUGACACGUUUGGGCAUCCGGUAAUGACAACGUCUACCCAAUGUUUGCACGCGAAAUUGACGCAAUUCAUGACUGAAAU